AUGUCCAAGCCCACAAGUGUGACGGGCAGUGAGAGCGAGUUUGAGUUCAUUGAGACUCCCAAGCCCACUGCCCCUACUUUUGAGAAGGAUGAGGACUGCGGUGUCCGCACCACCAAGUACCCCUCCAUCAAGAAUGCUCCCCUUCCAGCUGAUGGACCAGGCUCCGACUCCUUCAACAACAAGAUCCUGUUCUCCAUCCUGUUUGGCGUUCCCUUCUGGCUGAAGUGGAAGGUUGGCGGCGGCCUCAAGACCUUCAUCUUCUUCGCCAUCCUCUUUGAUCUGCCCAUCCUGGCCGGCUGGUGGCUUGUUGUCUCCGCCAUCUCCCCCCGCAAGAACACCAAGGCCAAGUACCCCGGCCGUCCCGUCGAGUACUACCUCGAGUUCAAGAAGGAGGCCGACCGCCAGAAGUACCAUGGCACCAACAAGAUCCCCAUGGAGACCUUCCACGAGAUGUACUUUGACGGUGACGUCGACUUCAAGGGCGACUGCCUCGAGGUCCUCGAGUACCGUCACGACUGGGCCAGCUUCCGCUUCACUGUUAGCCUGAUCAAGUACUUUUUGCUGGGCAUGAUUCCUGAGCUCAUCAUGCACACUCGUUCUCAGGAUGAGGAGCAGGUCCGAGACCACUAUGAUCGCGGUGAUGACUUUUACGGCUGGUUCCUCGGUCCACGCAUGAUCUACACCUCUGGUAUCAUCUCUGACAUCAACUCUGAGGAGACACUCGAGCAGCUCCAGGACAACAAGUUGACUGUUGUCUGCGAGAAGAUUGAGCUCAAGAAGGACGAGAGAUUGCUGGAUAUUGGCUGCGGCUGGGGUACCCUCGCCCGAUUUGCCAGCGAGAACUAUGGCGCCAAGGUCACCGGUAUCACUCUUGGUCGCAACCAGACCGCCUGGGGCAACAGCGCCAUGCGCAAGGUUGGCGUCCCCGAGGAGCAAAGCAAGAUUCUCUGCAUGGACUACCGCGACAUUCCCGUUCCCGAAGGCCGCUACAACAAGAUCACCUGUCUUGAGAUGGCCGAGCACGUCGGUGUCCGUCACUUUGGCAGCUUCCUCACCCAGGUCUACAACAUGCUUGAUGACGAUGGUGUCUUCUUCCUGCAGAUUGCUGGUCUCCGAAAGGCUUGGCAGUACGAGGAUCUGAUCUGGGGUCUGUUCAUGAACAAGUACAUCUUCCCCGGUGCCGAUGCUUCUACUCCUCUUGGCUGGGUCAUUGAUAAGCUGGAGGGUGCUGGCUUUGAGGUCAAGAAUGUCGAUACCAUCGGUGUUCACUACUCUUCUACUCUCUGGAAGUGGUACCGCAACUGGAUGGGCAACCGCGACAAGGUUGAGGCCAAGUACGGCAAGCGAUGGUUCCGCAUUUGGGAGUACUUCUUGGCUUACUCCACCAUCAUCUCUCGCCAGGGCUCUGCCACCUGCUUCCAGAUUGUACUGGUCAAGAACAUCAACUCCACCCACCGAGUUGAGGGCAUCCCUAGCCAGUUUAACCUGUCUGGAGCUUACGACAACUCUGAGGCUGACAUCAAGGCUUGGGGCGCCAAGAACAACGUCAUCUCCUCCACUGCCUUUACUUCUUAA